CUUCCCCCCAAAUCUCUUCCCCUCUUUCAACAAUCUUCUCCGAUCAGUCUCCUUCCCGACAAGGAAGAUGCCUAGAACUCUGGUUCUCCUUCUCUUGGUGGCCGUCGCCGUUUGCUCUGCGGCGGCGGACAUGUCGAUCAUAACUUACGACGAGAAUCAUCCGGCGAAGGGGUUGAUCCGAUCGGAGGAGGAGAUCGUCGAGCUCUUCGAGUCGUGGCUGGUGAAACACGGCAAGGCGUACAACGCUCUCGGUGAAAAAGGCCGGAGGCUCGAGAUCUUCAAGGACAAUCUCAAGUACAUCGACGAGCAGAACAGUGCCGAGAAUCGGACCUACAAACUCGGGCUGAACCGGUUCGCGGACAUCACGAACGAGGAGUACCGGACCGGGUACCUCGGUACCAAAAGGGACGCUCGCCGGAAGAUCCUGAAGGGACAGAGCAACCGCUAUGCUCCGGUGGAAGGCGAGACCUUGCCGGGCUCCGUCGACUGGAGGCAGAAGGGUGCGGUGGUAGAUGUCAAAGAUCAAGGCGGAUGCGGGAGUUGCUGGGCGUUUUCAACAAUCGCAGCGGUUGAGGGAGUGAAUCAGAUCGUCACCGGUGAUCUGAUCUCACUGUCUGAGCAGGAACUGGUGGACUGUGACACACAAUCCAACCAAGGUUGCAAUGGUGGUUUAAUGGAUGAUGCUUUUGAGUUCAUCAUCAAGAAUGGAGGCAUUGACACUGAGAAGGACUACCCUUAUACCGGGGUAGAUGGCAGAUGCGAUUCGUACAGGAAAAACAAUGCCAAGGUUGUUACUAUUAAUGGGUACGAAGAUGUUCCUGCAAACAACGAGGCUGCCCUACAGAAGGCUCUGGCAAAUCAGCCUAUUGCCGUUGCUAUUGAAGCUGGUGGAAGGGACUUCCAACUCUAUCAAUCGGGUAUAUUCACUGGAUCAUGCGGAACUGAUUUGGACCACGGUGUGACUGCGGUUGGUUACGGGACUGAAAAUGGUGUUGACUAUUGGAUAGUGAAGAAUUCUUGGGGAGCAGCCUGGGGGGAGAAAGGGUACGUGAGGAUGCAGCGCAAUGUGAACGCAAAAGCUGGCUUGUGUGGCAUAGCAAUCGAGCCUUCUUACCCUACGAAGAGCGGGCAAAACCCUCCUCCGACCCCACCAAGCCCUCCUACUCCGGUUCCUCCAUCCCCAGCGGCUCCCAAUGCUUGUGACCAAUACAACGCCUGCCCAUCAAGCACCACCUGCUGCUGUGUCUUCCCCUUUGGAAACUACUGCUUCUCCUGGGGCUGCUGCCCUCUCACCAGCGCCGUGUGCUGUGAGGAUCACUACAGUUGCUGCCCUCACGACUACCCUGUUUGCAACACUAGACAUGGCACCUGCUCAAAGAGCAAACAGAACCCACUUGGAGUGAAGGCGAUGACACGCAUUCCGGCGCAACCAGCGUGGGCUUUCAGAGACCAGGGAAGGAAGGAGAAGAUGAACUGAUCUUUCCAUGGCCACAAUCAAAAUGGACAUUGUGCCCAUCCAAUUCCAUUCUUGAAAGGUUUCACAACUUGGGGAUGAUGAACACAUUCUUCAUGGGAUUGUAUUGUGACAAACUGAUUUGUGUACAUAGUGCUGCUUUCUUUUCUAUGUUUCCAGUCAUCAUCAUAUCAAACUGCUUACUUUUAUGCGUUAUGUAGUUUUGCUACUAAGCAAUGUUAUGUUUGUUGUACUCUGUUAAUAUCAAACUUUGCUUUCACUUUCUCUUAUUUCCCCCCUAAUGUCGCCCUAUUUCUAUUUUUU